AUGCUACCCCUCCUCGUCCUCGCCGCGACGCUCGGCACCGUCCGGGCACUCCUGGUCCCCGGUCCCCUGGGCCCCUUUCCCGUCGCCAUGCGAGUCCAGGAGCUGACCGACGAGAGUCGCUGGGACCCGUAUGCCCCCGCGCACGAGGCUCACAGGAGGCGCAUCCUCGUCUCCGUCUUCCUGCCCCUCGAGCCGGGGCACCCCGCCAAGACACCCGUCCAAGUAGUCCCUUACAUGCCGCCCGCGACCGCCGCCCAGUUCGGACAGCUGGCUAGCACGCUGACCCCGCUGGCCGACGACUUUUUCUCGCGCUUCUCCAUCGAGUAUCACCGGCUUCCCCCAGCCCAGAACCGGCCCAAGGACGGCCCGAAGCCUCGGUAUCCCGUCGUCCUCUUCUCGCCCGGGCUCGAGGGCUCGAGGCUCGGAUACAGCGCCGGUGCCAGGGCGCUGGCCAGCCAGGGCUACGUCGUCAUUACCGUUGAUCAUCCCUACGAUGCGUCCAUUGUGGAGUUUCCGGAUGGCUCCGUGGUGCACGCGGUCGACAUAUCCACAAUUCCCGAUGCCAUCCGGGCCAUUGAGGUUCGCGCUGCAGAUAUUUCCUUCAUCAUCGACCGGUUGCACGAUCCGUCAGCCCUGCAGCAGCUCACGGGAUGCUUCCCCGGCGAGGUCGACGUAGCCAAGGUGGCCAUGUACGGGCACUCGUUGGGGGGGGCAACCGUGGCGGCAGCCAUGCUCAAAGACGAACGCAUCCUGGGCGGCAUGAACUUGGACGGCCACAUCUUCGGCCCCGUCGCCCACAAGGGCUUCGACCGGCCGUUUGCCCUCGUCGGCGUCCCGGGCCACGGGCCGGCGCCCAACUCGAGCUGGCCCGAGCUGUACUCUCACCUCCGGGGCCCCAAGUUGGAGCUGGCCGUGGCCAAGACGCAGCACUACUCGUUUACCGACGCGCCGCUGCUGGUGACGGCGCUGCGGAUUCCCGACAAGGAUAGGGCGGCGAUCGAGGCCGUGGUUGGGAGCAUGAAUGGCUGGCGGAUGCAGCGGACCGUGCUAGGCAUCGUGACGGCCUUUUUGGACUUGGUCUUUAAUGGGAACGCCGAGGAAGUGCGCAACCUGGGCAACGAGUUUUGCGAUGUGUCCAUGGUCAAGAGUUGGCUGCCAGGGAGACGUUGA